CCAGCAACUCUCUUCAAGUCGAGGUACUUCCAAAGUGAUUCUUGCUUCGAUCACACAUCACUUAAAGCAACUUUUUGGGGCUCCCCGUGCCGCGGAAGAGCCGGUCCAUACAGUGAGAAAAGGGUGGGCACUUCCCGGGUGUCACGUUGUCUUCGCCUGGCAAGCUGGCUUUGUCGCGUUCAUGUUCUUCAACACUUCGCAAACCAGCACAGAAUAAAGCUGGGACUUUCCACAGUCACACAGCCACUAUGGAGGUGCCAGCAUCAGUAUCUGACCUGCCACUGACUGGUGGAGAGACAGCUGCAGAAAAUGCAAUAGAGGCAGCAGCGGCGCCAGCGUCGAUGACCUCACUCGAUACCGCACGAUCGCAGCCGACGACAUUCCAUGUACAGCUGGCUGCUGCACAGCAAGCAUCAAAGCCAGGGUUUUGCGCAGAGGAAGCACUGCUCGGCUCUGCGUCGCCCGCGCACGCGGCUAGCCAUGAGUUUACCGCACCUAUCCCUACUUCCACAACAUUAGCAUUUGCAACAGAAAAUGGUGUAGGAACAAUGAAAGACAUGUCAGACGAUGAAACGGAGGACGAAGGCCCACGAGCACCUGGACACCACGCUCGCAAAGCCUCUGCACUCGCGACGGAGGAAUCGGCGACAGCCUCGCGAGACAUCUCUCGCGAAGGGAGUUACAUGGAUGGCGACUCGAGUGCGGGAGGAGGCAGGAGUGCGAUGAAGAAGCCCGUGUCCAAAUCAAAGCUGGUCAGAGAGGAGUUCAACCUUGCUGAAGCUGAUCCGGACUUGUACGGCCUGAGAAGAUCGGGUCGCGCUCCGAAGAAGGUCUACGUGGACAGCAGCGAUGAUGGUGGCCACGCGGACGAUGGCAGCAGGGCCGGCUCCAGUCGCUCUCGCCCCGUGCCAAAGUUGUCAAAAGGCAAAGGCAAAGCAAGCACUUCUACAUCUGCGCGUCAGUCUCCCGCUGAUGACGACAGCUCUACGCUGAGCGAUGAUGACGAGAACAGUUCAGACGACGACGGAGACGAUCUUGACUUCGGCAGGCCCAAGAAGAAGAAGAAGCCUCCUGGCGCGGGUAGCCGACGCAAGUCGAAAAAAGCCGCCUACCGCCCUUCUUCCCCUGACUGGGCAGCAGCCAGAAUCUCCAGCAGGAAUGGCAAGCCGCUGCCCAAUUACAACGAGGACUACGCUAACGUUAGCGGAGAAGAUUCUGACCCUUUCGAGGAUCGUUUGACGCGCGAGGCAGCAGAAUGGGAAGCUGCACAAGGUGACAGCUGGGACACGGUGGAUCUUGUGCUCAGUCACGAGCGUGCAGACGAUCGAAAGGGUGACCAGGAAGACUUGCCAAAAGAGAACCUUAAGUACACGAUCAAGUGGAAGGGGUUUUCUCAUCUUCACAACACACAAGAGCUGUACUCAUUCCUUCGCGAUAGCUGCAAAGGUAUCAAGAAGGUCGACAACUACAUCAAGCAAGUCUGGGAGCCCGAGAAUGCUCUGCUUACCAGCGACCAAGCUUCGCGCGAGGACAUAGAAGCGCUGCAGAUCGAGCGCGAGCGCCAGAAGGAGCUGGCGGAGAGCUAUGAACAGGUCGAGAGGAUUAUCGCAGAACGUGUCGAGAGCCCGACAAAGGAGAAGAAUUAUGAGGAUCUGCAGUACUUCUGCAAGUGGAAAGAGUUACCCUACUCUGAGGCCACUUGGGAGUCCUCGGAAACCCUUCCAGAGAGCGCUCGGCCGGCGAUUGACGCAUACCUGGCACGCUCCACAUCAUCUAUUGUCCCAUACCGCAGUGAAUCGUACCCCAAGGGCCGACCAAAGUACACUCGUAUGACAGAACAGCCAGCGUACAUCACUCCAGGAGGUACCCUCAAGGAAUUCCAGAUGACUGGACUCAACUGGCUUGCUUACCUGUGGUCCAAGAACGAGAAUGGUAUUCUCGCUGAUGAGAUGGGUCUUGGAAAAACAGUGCAAACAGUCGCUUUCUUCUCUUAUCUGGUGCACUCAGUUCAUCAAUACGGCCCUUUCCUGGUUGUAGUGCCAUUGUCAACACUGCCGGCGUGGAUGAUGCAAUUUGAGCAAUGGGCACCCGACCUCAACGUCAUCGCGUACAUGGGCAAUACGCAAAGCCGCGAGACGAUCAGGGAGUACGAAUUUGGCUCUCCCAAGAAACUCAAGCUGAAUGUGCUCGUUACCACGUACGAGUUUAUCCUCAAAGAUCGGGCAGAGUUGCAGCACAUCCGUUGGCAGUACCUUGCCGUGGAUGAGGCGCAUCGCCUCAAGAAUUCGGACUCACAACUCUACGAGGCCCUUUCCAGCUUCCAUUGCGGCGGGAAAUUGCUCAUCACGGGUACCCCAUUGCAGAACAAUGUCAAGGAACUCCUCGCCCUACUUCAUUUCCUGCGCCCAGAAGAGUUCGAACUAGAAGGUGAUUUUGAUAUUGACGACGUUGAUCAAGCGCGCGUGGCAGAGCUGCACGAGAAGCUUCACAAUGUCAUGCUUCGGCGCCUCAAGAAGGAUGUCAUCAAAGAGUUGCCGUCCAAGUCGGAGAAGAUCUUGCGAGUGGAGAUGUCCGCCAUGCAACAGCGAAUGUACAAGGCGAUCCUGUCCCGCAAUUUCUCCGUGCUCAGUCAAGAAGGCAGCGCGCAGAUCAGCCUUCUGAAUAUCGCCAUGGAGCUCAAGAAGGCGGCAAACCAUCCUUUCUUGUUUGAUGGCACUGAAGUUAUGGCAGAAGGUCGCGCGGAACAGCUCAAAGGGCUUGUAAUGAACAGCGGCAAGAUGGUCCUGCUCGACAAACUUCUGACCCGCCUCAAGAGCGAUGGUCACAGGGUGCUGAUCUUCAGUCAAAUGGUCCGCAUGCUAGACAUCAUUGCGGAUUACAUGAACCUGCGUGGGUACAUUUUCCAGCGACUUGAUGGCACAAUCUCGUCAGACGUGCGCAAGCGGUCCAUCGAGCAUUUCAAUGCCGAGGGUUCACCUGACUUCGCCUUCCUGCUAUCGACGCGGGCCGGAGGCCUGGGAAUCAACCUUGCCACUGCCGACACCGUCAUUAUCUUCGACAGCGACUGGAACCCGCAGAACGAUUUGCAGGCGAUGGCUCGAGCACACCGCCUCAACUCCAAAUUUCACGUUUCCGUCUUCCGUUUCCUGACCAAGGACACAGUCGAAGAGGACGUCAUCGAGAGGGCGAAGCGCAAGAUGGUGCUAGAAUAUGCCAUCAUCCAUCAGAUGGACACCUCUGGCUCAAAUUUUGCGUCCAAGGCAACUGCUCCAAAAGCUCAGAAUCCGUCCAAGGAAGAGCUUGGGGAGAUCCUCAAGUUUGGUGCACAAUCACUCUUCAAGAACGACAACGAUGACGGCCAGCAGAAGAAGCUUGACGACAUGGAUCUAGACGAGAUCCUGACUCACGCUGAGGCUCAUGACACGGAAGCAGCUCCUGGAGGGGCAUCCUCUGGAGGCGAAGGCUUCCUGCAGCAGUUCGCUCAGGUACAAGACUUCAAGACGGAUGUCAAUUGGGAGGACAUCAUCCCCCUCGAGGCGCGCCUCAAGGCUGAGGAGGAAGAGCGCCAGCGAGCAGUAGCGCAAGCUGCCGCCCAGAGCUCGGCCCGCCGGAAGGCCGCAGAAAAGGCAGCCAGCAAAGCUAACCAAGCAGAUCAGAGCUUGUCUGGUGAUGAAGCAGAGAGCAGCACAAAGAAGGGUCAGAGUAAAGGAUCAGCUCAUCAGCGAAAAACAGCCGCAGAGAAGUCUCUGGAGUUGAAAGAGAGAGAUAUCCGAACAUUAAUUCGAGGGCUGCAGAAGUGGGGGGAUCCUCGCUAUCGCUACGACCUCAUGGUGGGAGAAGCGCGCCUGCAGCACAAAAAUCGAGCCGUCGUCCUUCAAGCCACAAAAGAACUCGUUGAUCUCAGUAACGCCGCAGUUCAGGAGAACGAGGAUAUGCUGAAAGGAAUGAUGUCUCGCGGCGAGGACAUUGGCAAGCUUCGCCAGAAAGCAGUCCUCGUCAGCUAUCGCAAUGUCGACAAGAUCAAUGCAGAGACGGUGGUGAUUCGUCACAAUGAGCUCAGACUGCUGGCAGAGACCUUAGACAAACAAAAGGACGUCAGCCAGUGGAAGGUUCCGGCCAGAUAUCUCAAAACCACGAUGAACUGGAACGUUCCGUGGAACGACGAAGACGACGCACACCUUCUUAUCGGUAUUUGGCGUCACGGCUUUGGUUCGUGGGAAACGAUUGAGGCCGAUCCUGACUUGAACCUUUCAGGCAAAUUUUUCUUGGACGAUAAGAAGCCAGGGGACGGAAAAGACGACGCAAAGAAGCACAAGGAGGAUGACGAUACAGCCAAGCAUGCAGCGGAGGCCGCGGAGGGGGGUGACGAGAAGAAGGGCGAGGCAAGCAAGGGGAAGCCGAUUCCGAAUGCGGUGCACUUGGUUCGUAGGGGCGAUUAUCUACUUAAGGUCCUCCGCGAGCAUGAAGAUCACGUCAACGCGCUCGAAGCUCCUGCGGAAGAAAUCGCGGUCAAGGCCAAGUCGAAGUCGAAGCGUCACAUUAGUCCGGACAAGGGUGGCAAAGACGAAGGUAGUAGUUCAAAGCAAGCACGCCACUCGAAGAAGCGACGCACCACUCCUGAUUAUACAGACUCCGAUGAUGAGGGAAGUAUGGACGAAGCUGAGUGCAAGGACCUCAUGCGCCCUUGCAAGAAUCAACUUAAGAAGCUGCGCGAGGGCACGGAUCAUCUCGAACGUGAUCAGAAAGUGGCAACGUUGAAGUAUUGCCUCUCGGCGAUUGGCAAGCGCAUUGAUGCCUUGCUCAAGCACGAGUUUGUGAAAGAGUCAACAUCUCAGAAGCAGCGACGCGAACGCCACCUGUGGGCCUUUGCCGCACUCUUCUGGCCAACAAAGGUUGAAGGCACAAAGAUGCGAGACAUUUUCAACAAACUUGUCAGCAACGAUUCGCCCGCAGUCGCGGAGAACGCGCCGUUGCCGCCGCAGCUCAGCAAGUCAAGCAAGUCUAACGGAUCUUCCCAUAAGAGCGAGGCACCGCAAAAGCGAAAAGCGUCUAGUUCUGGCGCUGCCGCUGGGAAUUCGGAUCACCAAGACCUUCCGAAGCGGCCCAAGAUGAACAGUGAGAGCACAGCGCCGCGUCCUUCUCUACGUGCGCCCGAUGUCACACAAUCGCCGCGUCCACUAGCCGGCAGCCCUCCAGGGCCAGCACCAAGACGGCCUCCUUCUCUGUCAGCCGCCCCACCGCCAUCCUCGGCUGUUUUCUCGAGCGGCGGGCCUCCUCCACCGCUCGGUCCCGCCCGCAGUCGUGAGGAUCUGCAUCAUCACCGGAGUUAUGAUGACCGUGACCGCCCCCGGGAUGGAUGGGAUGGCCGGGACUGGCGCACCGACCGUGAGCGUGACGCGCACCGUGAGCGUGACCUCCAUCGCGACCGAGACCGCGAAUAUCGACGCUCAGACUAUUACGACAGUAUUUCCAAUGGGGGAGGCUACAGCCGUCCCGGGCCAUACUAUGACGGCUACCGACACUGACGCAUUAUGGCCCCAUUCCAAUCUAUUGCACAAAGAGCAUGAUCUCAUCUGCAACUCAUUUUGUGUCUGUACCAUUGCCAUCCCGUGCAGGUUUCAUUUGAGUCUUUAUCCUGUUCUUUGGCACUCUUAGAGUACAUUAAAGUUCCUCCUCCGACUCGUCCCCUGCAUUGAAGUCCACCAUUGCAUGAGCGGGCUGUUUGGGCAGUUGGGUUAUCACCUUUGCU